UCCCUAAUUGCUUUCCAUAAUUAGUGAAUACAAUAAUAUCCUAAAAUAAUUCUUAAAACACUUGCUCAUACAACAAAUCAUCACCAAUACGAGAAGUAUAAAUUCCACAAAGUUCUUCAUAGACUUAUAAAAAUCACCCACAUUUUCAUUUUUUUUUUUUUUGAUAGGCAAACAAUUUUUAUCCCCUGAUAUAUUUCGCAAAAAUAAAAAAAUAAAACACUUGGUGAGCAAGUAAUUUUUUUUUUUUUUUUAAUGAAAAAUUCAUGAUCAUAAUCCUUCCUUAAACCUCUCUCACCUCCAAAAACCCCCAAACUUUUAAAAUUCUCAAUUUCUCAACAUACUAACACCCCCUAAAAAAAAACCCAAUUUAAAAAUUCCAACUUUCAAUCAUAAAUUGAUAAAUACACCAAAAACAACACAAACCCAUAAAAUUAACCAAUCUUUUUUUGAAAAAAAAAAUUGUCAAUUUUCUCAAAUUUUUUGAAACUUCCAUAUACACCACCGCCAUAAAACAACUUAGAGAGAAAAAAAAAAACAAAAAGUAGAGAGAGAACCAAAAUGGAGGCAUGUAUGAUUGAGUGUACAAGGAAGUUAGCAAUUUGGUACACCAGAACAUUCAAGCCAAUUAUGACCCACGAAGAAUUAGAGCCCAUAAUGGCGACAUUGGGCUUUACGGCCCAACCGGAAACACCAGCCGUGAACGGCGUCGCUUGGAAGGAGUAUCUGUACGUUGCUAGUGGUUAUCGGAGUUUAUCGCCGGAUUCUCCGUUACCGAAGCCGAAACUUCCGUGUCAAUUAAUUAACGGUCGUCGUAGAAUUGACGGUUUACAUAUUUACACGUAUCGUGCUUUCAUUGACGCCGUCAAUUUUUACCUUGAGAUGGAAUUUAUCUCCGAUGUUUUUCAUGUCAGGGGAAUGCCGCUUCAAGCAAUGUUUGAUCGGAACAAGAAAUUUCGUAGAAUGGAUGAAAACGGAAGUGUGUUUGUUUACAAAGGAGGAACCCUGGAUCAAGCUUCAUUCAACCAAUACCACAAGAACAAUAAUGUUGAUAGUAGCAACGACGAGCAUAGCUCGAUCAUCAUUCGAAACAAGGGCAACGACAUCUCUAUUGGCAAACUCGUUCCCCUGAAGGAUAUUAUCGUUUUCAUGGGUUUUGUUCCAUAAAGAAAUUGUAACUGAAAUAUAUUUUGCAAAGGAAAUUGUCAUCCUUUCUGGUACAUUUUGUGAUGUAUAGAUUAGUAGAUGUAGGAGUUCGUUAGUUCAGGAAAUUCUUUGGAUAGUUAUUUGUAGCUUACUAUACAUGAAUUGAUGUAUGUUUAUUCUAUUGAAGGUAAAUAGAAUAUGGAAAAUGAAGUUUUGUUGAUGCCUUGGGCGGGCCAAUA